UAUAAAUCAAUCAACAAACUCAAUUCCAUCAUCCAUCAUCUACACUUCUCUCAUUCAAUCAAUCAAAUCCUUAUAAUACAUGAUGGGCAUCAAUUACUGCAUUUUUGUGCUCUUAGUCAUAGCAUUCCUGAUGCAUAAUGCUCCUACAGCAGCAAGAAACCUCUGUAUUUCUACUGAUAAUGAUACUAAUUCGAGUGUCUUAGACCUCGCGACAAGAUUGCAAGCACGUAGUACCAACGAUACUAAUACGACUGAUUGUUGGACUGCCUUGUCGAAUCUGAGAACAUGCUCAAAUGAGAUUGUUGGGUUCUUCCUGAAUGGAUAUACUGAAAUCGAUGCUCCAUGCUGUGACGCCAUUGAAGUAAUCGUCCACCAUUGUUUGCCAUCUAUGCUAAGCGUGCUUGGUUAUAGUGUCGAAGAAGGGAACUUGCUUGCUGCCUAUUGCUCCAAGAUUUCUGCAACACUUGAAUCUAAAUCUACUAAUGACAUUCACGGAUAAACCAUUACCCAUCUUGCUUUCUACUUUGUUUGAUUUCUUGUUAUGUUUUUUUCCUUGUUUGUUCUGUUAUCUGUUAGUAUGAUCACAUCUGAAUCUGAAUAAAAUUGUGACUGUUAGAUUCCUUGU